AUGUCGAACUCUUCGGAUCCCAAGACCAUCGCAUCCAUGGAGAUGGAUGAGCCGUCCGUUCCGUUGGACCAUCCUUCCGAAGCAGCAGAGGAUCAGAUUGCCGUCGAGGACAUGAGUGGCAGACAGUUUCGCAACUUUCGUCGCAAACAACAAUGGGAUGCUGAGCGUCUGGCUCGCCGAGCCAACAAAAAUCGCGAGAGGAAGCGCCAGCUCUCGGGUCUUCAAGCUCAACUUCCAUCCAGCGUUCAGCCGGAAGUUCGCCCGUUCCUCAAGACCACCAAAGCCAUGGUUCUACUCACCGACACGAUCAAGCAGGCAUUCUCCGUCGGCUUCAAAUUCACCGAUGAGGACUUUCUUCCCAACGACAAGGCAGAGAGUCUUGUCGAAGCUCUUUGUCUCCAGGGCACCCACAGCAUCGACAGCAUCCGAAUCCAGGCGUUUGUCACCCGACUCUUCAGAUCGAUCAGGAGCCAUCGGUUCGGCUACAUCCUCAACGAUGACGUGCAUGAGAUGAAGAACCAAGGAUUCUAUCAGACCGUUGCGGAUGAGAUCAAGGCCAAGGGAAUCGUCGGUGGCGGUCUCACCCCAUCCUCGCACAAGAUCGAUGUCUCCCCCAAGACCUGCCAGGCCAUGCACGAGCUCUUCGUCAACGGCCGCAAGGCUUACCUUCGUGAUCUGGUUGAGAGCGAUGAGAUGAAGGAGGGUGUCUACACCCAGAAGAUGAAGGAGCUGAUCGAAGCCGUCGAUUACUGGAUGAGAUACCUCGACAAGUACCAGGAGGAACGCCAGGGAGGUGUUGCAGAGGACGAUGAGAUGUUCACUGUCUUCAAUGACGUGGCUCUCUCGUAG